GAGAGAGAGAGAGAGAGAGAGAGAGAGGUCAGAGAUCUUUUUCGCUAAUGGCAACUUCAGGAGAAUCAUCCUCAUCCUCAGAGAUAAUGGAAGACUCGCACUCACCGCAGGCGAUUCCACAAUCUUCACCACCGGAUCCUCUCCUCUCUUCGAUUCCAAGCGCUAAGAUCGCAACGACGACGGUGGAAAACGCAGCUUCCUGGAUCAACGAGACCAUGCGCCAGGCGCUCGUGUACCAGAGCACGAUCGUGGAGACGCUAGAUUCCAAAAUCGACGCCUCGAAAUCUCGAUUAGCUCAAAUUCGAGAUACUUCAAUCGCUCACACGAGCCAAACAAUCGAUUCGAUUAGAGAGAUUGUUUCUGAGUAUAACGUUUACGAGCAUAUGGUGUUCGCGAAGAUCAAAGAUGGCGUAAACGUUGCUGCAUCUCAUCCUUUAGUAUCAGGCGGUUUAGCCUUUGGUGUUGGGAUCUUUGCUCUGAAAAAGACGAGAAGACUUGUAUACUACAAUGCUGUACGCAUGUUCUCAACCGAAGAGGCUUUGCUUUCUAGAGCUGAUCUUAGAGUGAAAGAGCUAAGGCAAUCAUUGGAUCGUCUUACAGCCGAAAGUGAAAAGUUAGAGAGAGUUGCUACUGUGGCAGAAGAUGAGUUGAUCAGAGGAAGGAUGAAACUCAGACAAGCAGGCAAACAGAUACGAGGUGUGGUCCAAUCAGCUUAUAAGAUUGAGAAGCAAGCAGCAGGUUUGAAAGAUGUACUUAAAGAAUUGCCCACGAGAGAAGCUUCUCGAUUCCGUUCUCAAAUAUCGAACCGUGCUUCUGAAGUAAAGCAAGAGAGAAAGGCUUUGACAAAGGAAGUGAACAAGAUCAGCAACUACGGUAUCUCCGUAUGAGGAAACUCAAGACCCAUUUUUCUGUUUACGAUUUGACUACUCUCUUGAGUUCUUAGAUGAUGGAGCAAUAUUACACUAUUAAUAAUAACGUCUAAAACAUGAUCAAGACUAAUUUUUGGUUUGGUUUCAAAUGCGAAAGAUGUAAUCUCAUGUUUUCGAGGGCUUUGGUUCUUUGGCAAUUAGUUAGCAAUACAAGUUGAUGCUAAUGUUUGCAACCAUGGGGUGUCUUUCAAUCCAGUUCUCGGUUUAUUUUA